GGUUUCUAUGACGAAGUGGCCAGCCCUCUACUUUUAGAGGUGGACAUGCACUAUCCUGACAAUGCAGUGGAUUCUCUGACCACCAGCCACUUUAGCUACUUGUUUAAUGGCACAGAGAUUGUUGUGGCUGGCCAUUUAAUUGACGACAACCUUGACAACUUCCUGGUGGAAGUGGUUGGACAGGGGCUCGAAGAAGACUUCAGAGUCCAGGGUCAGGUGAGUGCCGCAGACUGGGAUGUUUUUUACCCAGACGAGGAGUACAUCUUUGGAGAUUUUACCGAGCGGUUGUGGGCCUACCUCACUAUCCAGCAGUUACUGGACAAGAGCAAGAGCGGUACACCAGAUGAGAAAGCCAACACAACAGCCAAGGCCCUGGAUAUGUCCCUGCAGUACAGCUUUGUCACCCCUCUCACAUCCAUGGUUGUUACCAAGCCCGAAACCGAAGACUCGACAAGCAGCCCUCUUAUUGCUGACAAGCUGACUGAAGAGCAAAGACAGCAGGCUGAAAAAAUGACACAUAAUUAUAUACCUGCGCAGCCGCAUCCACGGCAUUACCAGCCAGCACCCACAUAUUUUGUUCAAGAAUAUGAUUAUGAUGAUUCGUCCAUAGAGUCGUAUUCAUGGGAUUACGAUCUAAGAUCGGUUUAUUUUGUCACGGGAAAGGCUGUUGCAUUCCCAGACAUGCCUGUGGUGUGGAGAGUCCUGCUACUGUCUGCUUGUGUCUACAUCAGUCUUCUAGCUCAGACCUAUGGAGCUCUGGUUAUUUCCAGGAGAGAUGCUCUAACACAGGAAACCAAAGAAACCGUGGGCAUCAGGUCGAUGAAGAAAAGAAGUUCAAGCUCUGCAAAUGUGGAAGUGCAAAGCAUUCGAAUCACCUGCACCGUGUCGUCUCGUUUCGCACACACGGUCAUGUCUUCCAAGGUGCUAAACAAGGAGAACUCAUCCCAGGAAAUCUUUUUUGAAGUAGAGUUGCCCAAGAUGGCCUUCAUCACCAACUUUAGCAUGGAAAUUGAUGGUCAGGUGUAUGUUGGAGAGGUGAAGGAGAAAGAGAGCGCCAAGGAGCAGUAUGAGAAGGCUGUUUCUUCUGGGAAGACUGCUGGACUUGUCAAGGCUUCUGGAAGAAAGAUGGAAAAGUUUUCUGUAUCUGUAAACAUUGCUGCCCAGAGCAGCGUGUCUUUCAUUCUGAUCUACGAGGAGCUCCUUCAGAGAACACUGGGCAGUUAUGAGAUCUUGAUCCGAGUCAAAGUAGAACAACCAGUGCAGGAGUUUCAGAUUGAGGCAGACAUCUAUGAGCCUCAAGGCAUUGCUUUUGUUGAGGCUUCUGCAACGUUCCUCACCAAUGAGCUGAUCCCUCUGAUAGAGAAAACUGUCACAGACACAAAGGCACACAUCUCAUUCUCACCAACAGUGGAGCAGCAACAGAAAUGUCCAGGUUGUAAGGGCUCAUUAAUUAAUGGAGAUUUCAUCAUCAAGUAUGAUGUGAAACGAGCAACAAGCCUGGGGGAAGUUCAGGCAGUAAAUGGAUACUUUGUGCACUUCUUU